UAUAUAUAUAAACAUACCUGUCGUCUCUUUUGUCGAUUCUAAUUUUCGAGCAUAAAUUUGUAAAAUAUACAUCAUCUUCAUUCGCACCUUCACACACAUACAAGCUUUAAAGAUAGACGAAACCACAUUAGGAAAAAUCAUUCCUAAUGAUUAUAUGUUACAAUUAAAAGAUAGUGUUAAAACAAACUUUAAAUCAACGGAAUUGGAGCCAAGUACUGCAAAAAAUGAUUUUUUUUACCCCAGUCCAGUCCACGGAACAAAAGGUUCAUCUGUAAAUUUAUCUUGUAAUUACUUAGAGCUUACGACGGAUAAAUCAAAAGGGGUUUUUCAUUACGAAGUGCGUUUUUUUCCACCUGUGGAUUCUGUUCAUUUAAGAUUAAAAUUUUUAAACGAUCAUAAUGAUAAGCUCGGAGGAACCAAAACAUUUGACGGAAACACCUUAUAUUUACCAAUCUUGUUACCAAAUCAGAUGACCGUUUUUGUUUCAAAGGUGGAAAACGUUGAAUUGCAGAUUCGUAUUUUGUUCAAAAAAAAGGAGGCUCUUGCGAAUUGCACUCAUUUAUAUAAUGUUUUAUUUGAUAGGGUCAUGAAAACAUUAAAUUAUGUAAAAUUUGAUCGGAAACAGUUUGACCCCUCUCGUCCAAAAAUUAUACCGUUGGCAAAGCUAGAAGUUUGGCCAGGCUAUGUUACAGCCGUAGAUGAACACGAAGGUGGUUUAAUGCUUUGCUGUGACGUUUCACAUCGUAUACUAUGUCAAAAAACAGUUUUAGAAAUGCUGGUGGAUAUAUACAAGCAAAACGCACACCAAUAUCAAGAAUGCGCUAAAAAGACGUUGAUUGGAAAUAUAGUCUUAACAAGAUAUAAUAAUCGUACUUAUAAAAUAAAUGAGAUUUGCUUCGAUCAAAGUCCGAAGUCUGAGUUUCUUGCCAAAACUGGAGCCACAAGUUAUAUAGAAUAUUACAAACAAUAUCACAACAUAAACAUAAUAGAUAUUAAUCAACCAUUGCUUCUAAGUAUAAAGAAAUCAAGAACAAGCAUUGAAGACAACGAAAGCAUACAGUUCUGUUUAAUUCCUGAACUGUGUUACCUUACCGGACUUCGAGAUGAUAUUCGUUCAGAUCAUAAACUUAUGCGUGAAAUCGCGACAUUUACAAGAGUGUCACCAAAUCAACGGCAACUGGCGUUAAACAAGUUUUACGACAAUGUUUCCAAAACUACUGCGGCUCGAGAUAUUCUGAACAGUUGGGGUCUUUCACUUAAUAAAAAUUUAAACAAGCUAAAAGGACGUCAAAUGGACGCAGAACCAAUUUAUUUUUUUAAAACGUCUGUGUCAGCAGGAAAAAAUGCAGAGUUUUCCAAACACGCUGUCAGCAAUGAAAUGUUGGAAGUAAUCCACUUAAAUAAAUGGAUAAUAAUACAUUUGAGGAAUGAUACACCAGCUGCAACCAACCUGCUUGAUAAUAUGAAACAAUGUUGUAAGUCUCUCGGCAUGAAUGUUGCUAAACCAACAAUGAUUUCGUUAGAAUGUGAUCGAGCCGAUGCAUAUAUUCAAGCUUUACGGCGAAAUAUAGCUAUAGAUUCACAAAUUGUCGUCUGUAUUUGUCAUAACAGUAGAGACGAUCGAUAUUCUGUCGUAAAAAAAAUUUGUUGCUCGGAAUUACCAAUACCAUCUCAGCAUUUGUGGCAUCAAUGAAUACGUCGUAUACACAAUGGUAUAGCAAAGCUGUAGUUCAAUCAAAAAGUGAAGAAAUAGUAAAUGGACUAACCGCAUCUUUUGACACUGCCUUAAAAAUGU